AUCAGAGCGAGCCAAGUACCAACGGAAAAGUACGUUCAUUGUUCGGAUGUUUUGGCAACUUUACCUUUACAAUCUCGGAAAAAUACCAUCAAAACAUGGCGGGAUAUGGAUGUAGACGUGCUUCUCUGGCGGAAUAGACGUGCCGCGCAGUCGUUUAUUGUGUUUUUAGGGCAUUGCCACGUGUUCAGGUUUGACGAAAUGUGCGGAUCGGUAUCGUUUCAUCACAUGACUCCCCUCCCCCACCCAGCCCGGGGAAUGGGGGAAGAAGGCGGACAUGUUUGAGGGGGAAAUGUGCUGGUUAAAAAGUAUCCAAGUGGAAGACAAAGAAGAUUUUUGGAAGACAGGUUUCGCUCUUUUUUUGGGAUUUACCACUCCACAUAUGUUUUUGUUUUGAACUAAAGACUUUCGAAUCUAUUUUUGAUUUUUUUUAAAUUAUAUAUGACUUUAAUUUCAGGGACUGCUCAGUUUUUUUCUUAAUAUUCUUGACCAAGUGUUAAAGCUACAGUAAUGUUUAUUUCCGGAUUAUUUGAAAAUUAUCUUUCUGUCGGUUAUUUGAGUGACAUUGCAGGGACUCUGUAACCUUGGUAUGGGGGAUGGGCGCCUAUGGUUAAGUAACGUCCUGUGUGCGUUUAAUUUCGAUUUAAUCAGUUUAGACGGAUGCAGAUUCGUCUCUCAGUUGUAAUAACCGUUAUAAAUGUUUUCUUAGAGUUCGAAGCUAUUUUCCAAUCCAUUUUUUUCAACUUGCAUCUAAACCACACUAAAUUUGUGGCUUAGAUUAAAGUGUUCUGCUUCUACGUACACAUUUAACGCCUAUCUAAUGAUGUAACAGUUUUAGUUAUUCGUUUUAGGUAGGGGUCGGUUAGACAAAUUGCUGUGUCAUCCUGUUGAUUGUUGCUGCUGUGGCCUUGUCAGGGUAGUAUAUUUUUAAAUGUAUUCACUUUUUAUUGUCUGGUCGUUUUUGAGUUAUUUUGCCCGAGAGCUAAACCGUUAUCAACUGAAUCCGACUUGUUAAACUGUAUUUACUACAUUAGUGCUUCUGUGGUGAAUGAAGGCCUCAUUGAGGCCUUGUUUUAUGGCAGUUCUUACCAACUGUUGCCUUAUGCGAUCACGCUUAAUGGUUUCCUGAACUGAUUUUUGUUUUUAAAACAUAAACGAGUGUUUUUAGGGAUUUUGCUUGCUGUUUAAGGGUAAAUCUAGCGAGCAUUAUUAUAAAAUGCUUUGUGUUUCACUGCUCAAAGAUGGCGCCCGCCUACAUGUUCUAGAAGAAACUGAUGAGUUCACGAGGGAGAGGCUUUCUUCGGGCGGUACGCGUGACUGAGCCGACGAACCAAUAAGACUGCCGGUGUUCAGACUACAAGCCCGCGUUUUGGCCGUUUUAGCCAAUCCCCAUCGUCGCUGUGAACACGUUGACGUAAUAUAAUAUGAUAAAGAACAGGACGUCUCCGCUGCUCUCGGUUUCCGUGAAGGAUUGUUUUUCGCGAGCCAGUCACAGACGACACAUCGGCAAGACGGACGGGUUGGACCAAUGGUAUUGGGUAAUAUCUAUGAAGGACAGGGUAAACACGCGAAAAGGUUGGCCUUAACCGUUGCUUGCGCAUCUCCAACGACCAGCGGGUGUGGCGAUUUUGACAGACAUCGCGAGCAGCGAAUGAGAAGCCAGUGGGCGGGGAAAUACAGAGGGGGUUUAUCCAAUGAGACGUACCGUUGGUCUAUAAAGGAGCGGGUGUAGUCGCAUCAUCGCCAUUUCAACGAAGCAGUUCGCAGGGAUUUCGUCGUGGCGGGGCAGCGGAGCGAACCGACGAGCCGAGACGAAUCCUGCUUUUGAGUGUUUCCCAAAGCAGAAUCCGGAUCCAUCCUGAUGGAUAUGGCUGUUAACCCGCCAUUUGACAGCAGUCAUUCUGGGAUGGACCCCGGCUUUACCAGCAUGAUGAUGGACCAGAGCUCUGGUACGGCUGGGAAACGCAUCCGGAAACCCUCACAGCUCUACGAGGGCUUUGAGUCUCCUGGGAUGCCCCCCAUCAGUCAGAUGGUCCCUUCUGGGCCCCCGCAGCCCCCGGUGAAGGACCCCAGCAGGCAGGGCAGGAUGACGAACCAACUCCAGUUCCUGCAGAAAGUCGUGCUAAAGUCGCUGUGGCGACACCACUUCGCCUGGCCUUUCCAUGAACCUGUGGACGCAGUCAAGCUCAACCUACCCGACUAUCAUAAGAUCAUAAAGUAUCCCAUGGACAUGGGCAGCAUCAAGAAGAGGCUGGAGAAUAAUUACUACCGCAGUGCCAACGAGUGCAUGCAGGACUUCAACACCAUGUUUACAAACUGCUACAUUUACAACAAGCCGACUGAUGACAUCGUGCUCAUGGCUCAGUCUCUGGAGAAAGCCUUCCUGCAGAAAGUGGCUCAGAUGCCCCAGGAGGAGAUAGAGCUGGCCCCCCCACCACCCCGCAGCAAAUCUGCAAAAUCUUCCAAAAAAAGCAAAAACAAUUCAGUUUCAGGCGGCAUAACGACGGCUCACCAAGUUCCCGCCGUCUCCCAGUCUGCGUACUCUCCUCCCACUCCAGAAACUCCAGACUCUAUCCUGUCCACCCCCCCACAGACUAUCUUAGCUAAGAGCCACAGCUUUGCUCCUGAGCACAGCAUCCCCUCUAUCACGAGCAUGCCCCCCACACAGCCCACUGCAAAGAAAAAGGGUGUGAAGAGGAAAGCCGACACGACCACCCCCACCACCAUGGCCAUGCCCCUCAUGGGCGUGAGCGGCAUCGGCCUGGGGAUGGGCGGCGGGCUGGACUCGCCGCUGACGCUCACCUCUCUGGGCAUGGACCAGGGCCUGGGUCAGGGCAUGGUGAUGAGCAUGGAGCUGGCUCACGGGGGGCUGAUGAUGGGGAGCAAAGGGAACGCGGGGAGCCGGAGGGGAGUGAGCGGGCGGCCCAUCAAGCCGCCGAAGAAGGACUUGCCGGAUUCCAUCCUGCCGACGCCGGUGCGCCGCAGCAAGCUGACGCCUCAGCUGCGCUACUGCAGCGGCGUGCUGAAGGAGCUGCUGUCCAAGAAGCACGCGGCGUACGCCUGGCCCUUCUACAAGCCCGUGGACGCCUCCUCGCUGGGUCUCCAUGACUACCACGACAUCAUCAAGCAGCCCAUGGACCUGAGCACCAUCAAGAGGAAGAUGGACAGCAGGGAGUACAGAGACGCCCAGCAGUUCUCCGCCGACGUCAGGCUGAUGUUCUCCAACUGCUACAAGUACAACCCCCCCGACCACGACGUGGUCGGCAUGGCCAGGAAACUGCAGGACGUGUUUGAGUUCUGCUUUGCUAAGAUGCCCGAUGAGCCUCCAGCACCCCCCACCUCCUCCUCUUCAUCAUCAUCCUCCUCGUCUUCCUCAUCUGAGAGCGAGUUCAGCAGCGACAGCGAGGAGAGCGACAGCAGCCUGAGCAGCGACAGCGAGGAGGAGCGGGCCAACCGGCUGGCUGAGCUGCAGGAGCAGCUGAAGGCCGUCCAUGAGCAGCUCACUGCUCUCUCCCAGGGUCCCAUCGUCAAACCCAAGAAAAAGAAAGAGAAGAAGGACAAGAAGAAGAAGAAGAAAACGGAGAAACACCGGAGGAUAGAGGAGGAGAUCGUCGCUGUGAGGCCGCCCAAAGCCCCCAAAGUGUCCAAGUCUUCCAAACCAAAGAGCAACAAAGGGAUCAGUUGUCCCGUCAUGCCAGCGAAGAAGACUCAAAGCAAGAAAAACAACAAAAAUAAGUCCAAAAAGACCAACGUGAUGUUCAACGUGUCGCAGCCGAUGCACGACCCUCUGGUCAGCCAUUUUGACUCCGAUGAAGAGGAGGAGACGGUGCCCAUGUCGUACGACGAGAAGCGCCAGCUGAGCCUGGACAUCAACAAGCUGCCCGGCGAGAAGCUGGGCCGCGUCGUCUACAUCAUCCAGUCCAGAGAGCCGUCGCUGAGAGACACGAACCCCGAGGAGAUCGAGAUCGACUUCGAGACGCUGAAGCCGUCGACGCUGAGGGAGCUGGAGAGAUACGUGAUGACGUGUCUGAGGAAGAAGCCCCGUAAGCCGUACGCAGCGAGUAAGAAGAACAGCGCUGGUAAGACCAGGGAGGAGCUGGCCAUGGAGAAGCAGAUGGAGCUGGAGAGGCGGCUGAUGGACGUCAGCGGACAGCUGAACUCUGGGAAGAAGCCGUCAAAGACUAAAAAUGAUAAACCUCCAUCAGACGUCCACACCCAGCCGUCACGCCUCAGCGCCAGCAGCUCCUCCUCUGACUCCUCCUCAUCCUCCUCCUCUUCAUCAUCCUCCGACACCAGCGAAUCAGACUCUGGCUGAAUCAGUCAGACCGUUUCUACGUAAAAGGCUGAAGGAGCCCCGGCGUUCUCCUCCUCCUCCUCCCCCAGCGGACUGAAGCGUCAUGGAGGACGGAUCAGACGGACACACCUGGUCCAGAGGGAGGCAGGUGGGCUCUCCCUGCGCUCGGCUCCACCCGGCAGCCCUGAAACCUCCCGGCAGAAGAAUGUGAGCGACUGGAGCGUCCUGCUGGAGUCGGGCGGAGCGACAGGAAGCUCGUCUAAUAAAGAUUGAUGCAAAUGUUGGAGGGAUAAGGGUGCUAGAGCCAGAAUCUGUGUAUUUUCUGGAUUUUUCCCUCCCUGACAUGCUCCCUGUCUGUAUGCUGUAUAGAUGACUUGUACAGUUGUAUAAAUAUCUAUUUUCUUUUAUAAAGAAGCCUUUUAUGGAGCUUAUAUAUUCCCUCAUUGUGGGGAAGCUGGCGUGUACAGAGCUGUGUUUAGUUCUGAGUCAUUAGGGGAGUUAGGUUUGUAUGAAUGUAUCGUAUGUUUGCACGCGUGUGUUUGUGUGAGAGUUCCUCAUAGUUUAGACGCAGAUGCUGCUGGCGCUGCACGCAGAAGCACCUUUGGUUCAGUAGAAAACAGACCGCAUGCAUCUCUGUGUGUCCUCCUGUUAGCUGGUCGCUGUACAGAAACGUGUCAUAGUUACACUUUAUAAUAUUUCUGUUCCCAUGAGGGCUGUUUGUUUUCUCCAUCUAUUUCAAAUUCUCUGUAAACGUUGCUUUUUUUUUUUUUAUUCUUUGUGACCAAUCUGCUAAUAAAUUGUGAGGACGUGUCUUGUUCACUCACCUGUCCCCAAAUAA